AUUCCCUCCCCCGGCAGCUAAAAUGGCAGAACCGGGGCAUGCGCAGGAGGGCACGUCGCCCUUCCUCCAUUCGCCAGGCCGUGGUGGCGCUGCCGCCAUGGUGCCCGGAUGGAUCAGCUGAAGCGCCGGGUUCGCCCCUGCAUUUGGAACCUGUAGGGAGCGGCGCGAGCGCCUUACGCGGGGGGAGAGACCAUCGCGGGGAGGAAAGGGGGGUGCGAGCCGGCCAGUAAAGCUGCAGGCGUCGCGCUCCGCUGGCGGAGGCCGCGUCCGACCCCACCCCUUUCCAGUGAGAGAGACCGGCCGGCCCGGCUCUGGCUCUGGCACGCCGCCUUUGUUGCCCCCCGGCGUCGAAGUGGACGCAGCCUUCGGGCCCUCCUCCCACCUCCCUCUUUUUCCGUUACUGGCCUCCACGGCCCGUGAGGCCGCGGUCGGGCGAAAGCGCUGAGGCAGGAUGAGCAACUCGAGGAAUAACCGCGUGAUGGUGGAGGGCGUCGGGGCCCGGGUCGUGAGGGGGCCUGACUGGAAGUGGGGGAAGCAGGACGGCGGCGAGGGCCACGUGGGCACCGUGCGCAGCUUCGAGAGCCCCGAGGAGGUGGUCGUGGUGUGGGACAACGGCACGGCCGCCAACUACCGCUGCUCGGGAGCCUACGACCUGCGCAUCCUCGACAGCGCGCCCACCGGUGAGAGGGAGGCAGGGGGCGAGCGGGGAGUGUGGGGCGGGGGUCGCUUCCCAGCGAGGCUCGAGAGAGAGAGGCCUUAUUGUUCUUCGUGGAGGAAUGUCGCUUCGCCCUGCCCGUGGCUGGCGUCGCGUCGUCGGGGCGCCGGCUUGGGUAGUCGGUAGACAUCCAGGCGGCCCUUUGCGAUGGGCUUGCCCGCCCUCGGGCUCUUCACUGUGAUGGAAACUCUGUUUCCUACAACACGACCCCCCCCCCAAAGCUGUGACUCGGGGCGGGGGGAACGGACGGGUGGGGAUGCCACGCAGCGCAGAAGGGGCAACAAGCGCGACCCUGGGCUCGUUCUGCUAGGAAGUCAGCUUCAUUGACUGCAGGUGGGCUUGCUCACAGGCCACAGAAUGCGUAGAACUAUUGCUUCUGUUGAGUAUAGGCCCUUGGUACAAGUGUUUCUUUAUUGAAUGCACAAAUAAAAUUUAUAUUUAUAAAACUGCAAUAAGUACAGCGGGGACGACUGUCUUCUUGAAAAUGGGGACCUACCUUAUCGUUCGUUGCUGAAAGGAAGUCUUCAUUUCCUUGCAACUUUUUCCCCAGUUGGUGGUGUUAGGUCUGGGAUUUUAUAGGGCGAUCCUUGGCUGCUUUAAUCAAAAGAGCCACCCCCCGGGUCUUUAGGGGUGCUUACUUCUAAGUAAGCGUGCGCUGGAUUGUAGCCUUUGACUGUGAUAACUUUGAAAGAGGAGUUCUUUGAAAGUGAAUGCAGCUGCGUUGAGCAUCUUCCUUCUAGCAGUAAACUUGCAAGUGAAUGUUACUGGCAGAUGUUCCUAUUUUGACAGAUACAAAGUGGUUUUUAGUGCCUGUGGUAUAAUUGACAUUUUAAAACUUCUAACAAACUACAUUCCUCUCAGUAAAUAGUAGCAGGCAAAACCAGGUGGUUUGUACAUUUUCCUCCUCAAUUUUUUAAUUGAAAUACUCUUAGCCUUUUUUCUCAGAUUAUGCAUAUUAACUAAUAAUGGAGCCCAAUUCUAUGUAUAUUUACUCUGAAGCCCCUAUUGAACAUAAUGUGACUCCCAAGUAAAUGUGCAUAAGAGUGUAGUCUUCGUUAUAGGGGAUUCCACACUUGAUGCAUCCCAUGCAAAGUGUAAAGGGCAUGCAUAUGUGUAUAUUCAUAUUGCCUUGGGGGAUUUUCAGUGCUGAUUACAAACAUCACCUAACAUUUUAUCAGUACUGUCACACUUGCCCAUUAGGAAAGAAGUUGGGCAGAAAAUAAAGUUUGUGCCUCGUGAUGAGGGACAGAUACUUUUCCAUUGCUAUAUUUUUCUGUGAAAAGGUUAGCUAAAAGUUUUUAAAAUUAAUUUAAUUGGUAGUGUAAUAAAUGGAUACUAAAAUAGUAUCAGACAAAUUGGGCAGUUUCAGAAUUGUAAAUAUACAUGACAGAUGCUUUUUGGACAUGCUAAAAUUAGUAUGUUAAGCAUCCUUAGUAGUUUCAUAAGUUUUUAUUAACACUUAAGCAGUCCAAGGGAAGUCAUUGCUGUUGAAUUAUAUCUUUAAAAUAUGUGCAAGUAUUUUAAUAGAAUUUCAAAAUAGAGUUUUGAAUAGUUUGAAAUUUACAUUUACAGUGGAAUGUAUACUUAGAAGUAAGCUUGUUGAGUUUGGUGGGACUUACUCUUAGAUAAGUCUUGGGAUUGCAACUGAGGCCAGGGAUCCAAGAUGGCCUCUGUAUCUGACCAACACUCCCACACCUCUUGUCAGCCUUGAUCUGCAACCUCCCUGAAUGUUUUUGCCGGGCAGGAAUGUACCUUUGGCCUGUGAUAAAUGUUUGGGGCUGCGAUGUGUUGGGGGUAUAGAGAGAGAACUGAUUUUUGUGUGGCUGGAAUGUAACUUGUACAAAGGUAAGACAUUGGUUGCUUUUGUCCACCUUUAUUUCUGGUCCUGCCCAUCACAGAUGCAUGGCUACUAGAAGGUUUGCUAUGAGGGAAUAUGAUCCUUGAGCUGAAGAAGUUUUCCCACCCUUGUUAUACAUACUUAUCUGAGAGUACUUAAUGCAGGCUUCCUCAAACUGGGCCCUCCAGAUGUUUUGAGACUACAGUUCCCAUCAUCCCUGACCACUGGUCCUGCUAGCUAGGGAUCAUGGGAGUUGCAGGCCAAAAACAUCAGGAGGGCUGAGUUUGAGGAAGCCUGACUUAAUGCAUACUUACCUGAUCUCAGUGAGGUUUACUUCUGAGUAGACACGCUUGGGACUGCACUGUUAAAAUGCUUUGUCCCCUUCCUUUCAAAUAAGUUCAUUUCUAGCGAUUGAAAACUUUCUGAUAUAUUGAGAUACCACAUUUAGAUAAUAUAUUACUGUCUCCAUUGUAUCGUAGAGUAGCUAACAUGGUGAGUGGUUUAAUGCUAUCUACAUCUGAGAACAUCUGAGUAUUGGAGCCUUCAGUGACCAGCUGUGAUGCUUUUUCAGCGUUCUUACUUACAUGGAGUGGUGGUGGGGAAACCUUGGCUGUUUAGCAAGCUGUUUUGUGUAUGCAUAUGCUGUUGAUGCAUGUGCUCUUGUAUAUUGCAUAUGCUUGGAUGUAUGCAUUUCAAAAUACUGUUCUAACUCUAUUCCUUUCCACAGGAAUUAAACAUGAUGGAACAAUGUGUGAUACGUGUCGCCAACAACCAAUAAUUGGUAUUCGAUGGAAAUGUGCAGAAUGCACCAAUUAUGACUUAUGCACUGUGUGUUAUCAUGGGGAUAAACAUCAUCUUAGACAUCGCUUUUACAGGAUAACCACACCAGGAAGUGAAAGGUACGUUUUAAAUGCUCAUUUUCAUUAAAAUGCCUAAUUAUGAGACUGUAUUAGAUAUAGAAGGGUCUUGUCACCGCCUCAGAUAACGAGAUGUCCAAUGUGUUGAAAUUUAAGACAUGUUAAAAUUUAUUUUUAUUUAAUUUCUAUCCCAUGCAUUCUUGCAAAGGAGCCCAUGGUUUUAAUCAAAACAGUUCCUUUUGAUUCUUGAAAAUUAAAUAUUUGCUAUUGAACAACUAGUUUUUAAUCUGAUAUUUCUUGUAACUUACCAUUUGAUAUUAAAUUUUAGGGUGUUGCUGGAGUCUCGCCGUAAAUCAAAGAAAAUCACUGCAAGAGGAAUCUUCACAGGUGCCAGGGUGGUACGAGGAGUUGAUUGGCAAUGGGAAGAUCAGGAUGGCGGCAAUGGACGUCGAGGCAAAGUAAGAGUUCAGAAUAUGACAACUCCCUUGUCGUGCACAGUUCAAUAUCUGGUUAGGUUUUUAAUACAGGCCACAAAAUAAUUCUUCAGAAUUGGUGGACCUGUUGCAUUGAUGCACCUGUGGGCAUUUACAGAUUCAAAUGUAUUCUUGGUGUCGGGGGGAUUUUUCUGCUGAGGUAUUUGACAAUCCUGCUGAGGCCUUCAUCCCCCUCUGGAAGAGGGGCUGUCAAUAAAUUUUACAGGUCAAGUUGCUAGUAUCUGUACCAACUUGGAUCUCAUCAUAGUAGCAGAGCCAAAUAUGGAUAUAGUGAGUGUACCAUCUAGUCAUGUUAUAGUGAUUACUUUUCCACCUUUACAUGUCUAGAUGAUACACUAGGUACACUGAGGACAUGGACAGUCUACGUAUAUAUUCUUGUAUUCUUGAUCCUACUCCCUCAUAGUUAAGUAGAGCCCGUCCAUGGACUACCUGGACCACAGAAGUGACUUAUGCUUCUCUAAGGGAAAUGCGGUAAAUGAAGACAUAUUGAGACCCUUUGGGGGGGGGGAGGACUGACUGACCCUUAACUACCAUCCAGUUUCUAACUUGCCUUUAAACUUGCUAUUGAAAUGCUUGGUGGUUUCUCCAAUUAGUACUGAAUAAUGCCAAUUGCUUGAAUCCAUCCUAAUAUGUUUUUUGGCCUGGUUCCAAGAAAAUAUCUUUAUUGUCCUUUGAGGGAUAGAUUUGGGUGUCUGGUAUGUGUGUACCUACUGAUUCUCCUGGAUCAGCCUUGGUAUUGUGUUUGGUUUGGCUUGCUGACUUGGAACUUGAGGACACUUGUGUUGCAGCCACUCUAGUCCUUUCUGGAAGGUUGAUGCCAGAAGGCAGCGCUGGGGGAAGGCUGCUCUGCCCCAUGGUUUUGGUGAGUAGAGUACUACAGGGUUCCUUUUUGUCCCUCAAGCUUUUUAACAUCUAUAGGAAGCCAGUGGGUGAGAUCAUCCAGAGGUUUGACCUGAAGUGCAGUUAAAACCAGUAGCAGCUCCGCUUAUACAUUUCUACCAGAUAAUUCCAGGGAGGUGGUAGACACCCCAAGCCAUUGUUAGGCAAUACUGGAAUAGAUGGGGGUAAACAAAUGGAAGCAUAAUCCAGACAAGGUAGAGGUGCUGUUAGUGGGGAAUUCUAUUGAACAGGAUAGAAUUAUGCUCCCUCUGACAGACCCAAGUUUUCAGCUUUUGGAUUCUGGAUCUGAUGCUAACCCUAGAUGCUCAGGUCAUGUUGGUAGUCAGGAGUGUCUGCUAGUGGUUUAGGAUGACUCUCCAGUUACGACCUUAAAUGGAAAAACCAGCCUACAUCAGCAGUGGUAACACUCAGAUUGGAUUAAUGCAAUAACCUUUAAGUCAGGUUGCCAUUAACGCCAACCAGAAGCUUUAUUUGGUUCAACAUGUUGCUGCUAAGAUGAUGAUAGGAGCAAGACCAUUUAACACUAUCUUACACCAGUUGCACUGGUUACCAGUUUGUUUCAAGGCUCAAUUUAAGGUGCUGGCUUUUACUUUUUUCCUAACUGUGAAAUGGUCUGAGACCCAGUUAUUUAGGGCCCAUUUAUGCUCAUAUGUACGGGACGCGGUUAGUGCUGUGGUCUAAACCACAGAGCUUAGGGCUUGCCGAUCAGAAGGUCGGCAGUUCGUUGCUUGGUCCCUGCUCCAGCUAACCCUAGCAGUUCGAAAGCACGUCAAAGUUCAAGUAGAUAAAUAGGUACUGCUCCGGCGGGAAGGUAAACGGCAUUUCUGUGCGCUGCUCUGGUUCACUAGAAGCGGCUUAGUCAUGCUGGCCACAUAACCCAGAAGCUGUACGCCGGCCCCUCGGCCAGUAAAGUGAGAUGAGCGCCGCAACCCCAGAGUUGGUCUCGACUGGACCUAAUGGUCAGGGGUCCCUUUACCUUUUAUGCUCGUAUGAACUUCUCCAACUGGAUUUGGGAUCUUCAUUCUAGACUCUGACCUUUCACUAAAUCAGACCUAUUUGAGUACAGAAACUGCCUUUUUUGUAGUGGCAGCCAGAUACAUAAUUUAGAACUGUACACUGGCUCACGCUGAAUCCCAGACCAAUUUGGGUUGACCUGGCAUUUAGCUAGGACAGGCUGAGGCAGUCCCAUGUUGGAUUGUGCUUGCCCAGAGCAUCCUGGGCCCAUCCAAAGGGGGUAGGGGAGUCAAGGGGUUGAAGGAGAUGCAUACACCACUUACUCCCCAUGAUUGCAUGUAUAAUUAGUGUUUUAAACCCUGAUUAAAGUCAGCAACUGAGGCUGCUUUGAAGUGCCAGAUUGGGUCCUGAAUCGGAUCCGGGUAUGUGUGCAUGGGGUGUACACCUUCUUAAUGAAAUUCUCUUUGUGUUAAAGCCUCUCCUAAAUAAAAUCGUGCUUAUCUUGAUAUGCUAGGUUUUUAAGACAAAUUAGCUGUUUUACAUUUUGCUAUGUUGUGAAUUUAUUGGUUGUCCAGUGUUUUUAUAUUUUGUGUAAGCUCACUUCACUAAUGUUUAAAUGGAAGGAAAGCUCCACUUUUGUUAUAUGGUUAAAAACAUAAAAUGGGGGUUUGUCUGUUAGCUGAUUUUAGUUUGAAAAUUAAGACUCUUCCUCUAAAUGUGUGUAAAUAUUGAGGCAUAACUUGGCUUGCUGCUUUGCUGAUAUGCAAGCAUUCAGUCACCAACAGAGACCCUCCUGUGUGUUCCAAAAUUUUCUAAGAGCAGAGAAGAGGGCUUUGGGGGGACAGUGCCCAGGCUUUGGAACUCCUUUCCCAGAGAGAGAGCCACCUUGGCCAUUCCCUGAUGCCACGUGAAGAGCUUCCUUUUUGAAAACCUUUGGCUGUUAAGGAGUUUAUCUUUCCAUUUUUUGGUCCUGCUUUGUGUAUUUUUAAAUAAUGACGUUGUAGGUUUUUGGGGGGUUUCGUAUUUUUAUUUAUACAGUGGUGCCCCGCAAGACGAAUGCCUCGCAAGACGGAAAACUCGCUAGACGAAAGAGUUUUCCGUUUUGGAGGUGCCUCGCAAAACGAAUCUGCUAUGGGCUUGCUUCGCAAGACGAAAAUGUCUUGCGAGUUCCUGGGGUUUUUUUUCCUUUCCCUCUUUUCUAAGUCGCUAAGCCGCUUAUCUGCUUAUCUGAUAAGCUGAUAAGCUGCUAAAGCCGCUAAAAGCCGCUAAGAGCGCUAAUCCGCUAAUCCCGUCAAUGGGCUUGCUUCGCAAGACGAAAAAACCGCUAGACGAAGAGACUCCCAGAACGGAUUCUUUUCGUCUUGCGAGGCACCACUGUAUAUUAUAACUUUGUUUCUUGGCUGUCUUGAACUUUUUCAACAGGUAGGAUAUAAAUGUCUUAAAUUAGGACGCGGUAACCUUUUGCCUUCCAUUCCUAUCAGCCCUAGCAAGCACAUCCCAUGGUCAGAGAUGAUGGGAGUUGUUGUUCAGCAACAUCUGGGAAGUCAAAGGUGCUGCACAACUGUUUUAAGCAAAUGAUUAAUAAAUGGAAGCAUUCUUAUCUAUAGGUUGUGGAUAAAGAUUCUUUACUUUUUUGGCAACAUACUCCCAUUCCUCUUCUUUACUUUGCUAGGUCACUGAAAUCCAAGACUGGAGUGCAUCAAGUCCACACAGUGCAGCAUAUGUUUUAUGGGACAAUGGCGCUAAAAACCUUUACAGAGUUGGCUUUGAGGGCAUGGUAAGGAGUAAAGCAAUACAAAGAGUAAAAUUGCUUCAUGGGGGAAUAGUAAAAACGGCUUGCGCUGUGCUAUUAUCUUCUUUUGUUACAUCCUUCUGUCAGUUUGCAUGCUAUUAGCCACUUCAUUGUUCCUACAGCUGUAGGGACAACUCAUGCAUAUGCAUAAGUCUGGUCUCAGUUCAUUAAACAUGCAAACUACUUACAACUUAUGAGCUAGCUUCUAUUCCAAUCAGAGGCAUUUAGUUUUGUAAAUAAGAUACUUAUUUACAACAAAAUAAAUGAGAAAAUUGCUGAAAAGAGUUUAGUUCCCUAAUAUAAUGUUAAUUUAUUUACAUCCUAGGCUGUAGUAAACAUUUGGAUAGUUUCAUAGUAUUUUAGCACUCUUUGAAGUUUGACUAAAUUUCAAGUUUUAGAAGUGAACUUCCCAUGUGAUUCCAAUAAUACUAUAGAAUCUUUGGCAAAACUGGGACAGUUUUUACUUUUCUCCAGUUUGACACAGUGCAUUGUAGCAAACUGAGAAAUACUAUGUUUCAGCAGAAUAAAGUAAUGUGUUAAAUGGGAUUCAUUAAACAUGACCAUACCUGCUAUAAUAGUAUGUCAAAUGUAUUUCUUCACAUUAGUGAAGUCAUUAUUCCCUUUUUUAAAAUCUCAGUUUACUGUUACUGCGUUUAGUAGUCUUAGUAGUUUGCGCAAAUAUUGUCUACUCAAACUUCACCCCUCCUUUUCUAUUUGGAAACAGUGAUUUACUAAUUUUCAGUUGUCCCUUACAUGCGAUUUAUUUCGUAUGCAGGAAAAGUUUCCUAUAUGCCAGUCCAAAAAUUUUGUAACUAAUGUGUAAAUAUGAUUAUACUUUUAUUCCUGUUGUGUUGGCUGUUGUAUUUAAAUUCACCUUUCUCCUAAAUUCUGAAGGAAAUAGUUUUAUUUUGAAACAAUUGUUGCUGAAUAGAAGGUAUCAUUUGAGUCUAGAAUCCUCUUUUCGAAGGUUUUUUUUUUUUGCUUCCUUCCUAUUUAAGCAAAGACAUGUCUAGCUAUUGGAAGCAGCUUAGUCAUUUGUUUUUCAUGUACAUUCUUUGAUUCUUUCUGAUCACACUGAAUUGGUGAGAGGAGUGAAAAAAGAGCAGUGCAUUUCAAUGAAUCCUUAGAGAUACAGGGUCAGAUUAUACCAAGCAUAUUUGUAACAUCACAGCGUGCUGUGUGAAUGCAUAUGUGUUUUGUCUUGCAGUUGAGGUAUUUUUUAAAUAAAUGUUCUGGUUCUGAGGUAAUCUGUUAGCAGCCUUUCAUUUUUUAGGAUCAUUCUGGUGUGUGUUCAUAUAACUUGGGGGAUGACAUAUUCUUUUCAUGAUGCAAUCUGCCAGUACCUCAAGUUUAGUACUUGGGACCUUUUUUUCUCAAGUAAGAAAAAGAAAGAUUUUUGAACAGCACAUGGCUGGCCUAUACACCACCUGUUCCUUUGUUUACUCCUCUAGUUCCAGAUGAUACAGAUUAGAAGACUCUUCCUGUUCGCUUCACACUUUAGUGUACAUGCGUUGAAUGACCUUUACCCAAUGGGAAUUGCUUCAGAGAUAGCACCAGAUGGCUGCUAUUUGGAUUAGGAAUAGUGAAAGCAAGAGUUAGGGAAGAAGAAACAUACUAGAAUUUGCUGCUAUCUACAGUAUAUUCAAUAGUGAUUACUUUUUAAAAUAAGUUACUUAUGUAUCCUGUAAAGGAUAAAAUAGCAUCCAGAAUACUUCAGUGUGCUUGUUCAAAAUUCUAGAAACCAUAAAUUUUGGUAAAACUAUUUAACUACUGUGCAUAGAAAGUUUAUUUGCACUUUUAAAAAUACAAGUUAAGCUUUUGCAGACUAUUUUGGGAAACUUUAAUACAACAUGGUACUAUUAGACUGGUGAAACAAAGGAUGAUAGUGUUGGACAAAGCCUUCUGUGAGUUGACUGAUUGAGAGGGCACAUGACAUGAACAGGAUUAUUGAUGAAAGCAUUAAUUUAUUUUCAUAUAUUUUAUUCAUAAAAUAUAUCAGUGGUUUACAACAAUACUACAUAAAACCACACAAAAACGCCAUAUAAAAUUUAAAAUUACAUCCAAAUCAACAGGACUAGCAUUUCCCUUUAUAGUGCUCUUGAAUUAGCACUUGAAACAGUAUCUGUUACAAAGCACAGUCAUCUAUUUUUCAAAUUUCCAUAGGCCCCAGAAGGAAGGAUACAACGUAAGGAAGCAUGUUGCAAAAAUGGUCUAGAUACUCGAUUACUACUGUGAUACAAAUUCUGGCUCAGUAUUUAAGUAUUCACAUACUUAAAGCUAAAGAUCUGUGUCUCUUUCUCUGCAUUUGUUUUAUUUUAGUCAGACCUUAAAUGUGUUCAGGAUGCGAAAGGAGGGUCCUUCUACAGAGACCACUGUCCUGUGCUUGGUGAGUUAAAUGUAACAUAAUUUGAAUUUUGCUCUGUGAUUUAUUUUGACUCAAGUCUUUGUGUCGUAUCCAAUACUGGAGCUCCAGUGAUACAGUGGAAUUCUGUGCGUGCAAUGGAAUGUCUCCUCUAGCUUCCCACAAAUCCUCAAAAACAGUUAUGAAGGGAUGAGUGGACCCCCUUCCACAGAGUUAGAGUUGGGAUUGGGGUGAGGAGGAGAAACAGAAAUCCCAUUGUACCAGUGGAACCCUGCUAGUGCAGCAUUCGAUACAACCCUGUGUGUGUGCAUAACCUAGUAGGGAAUUGACACCACUAAAGGUAAAAAUACUUUUUUGUCUAGUAUUUAUCAUGGUUAACAAUUCCUAGCUGUAUGCUACUUCUGUUAGCUGUAAUGGUGAUACUAUUAUCUAUAUUGCUUAGUGAGUUGACUUCUACAUACAUUUCACCGUUGGCUGGUUACACUACCUCUUCUCCUUGCCCUGCUCCUUCCCAAAUCUCCUCUGCAGGGUAGUGAGGAAGCUCCCAGAUUUACUGGGUGCACAAGAGGGAGAAGGGGAGGGAAUUCUGCUCUGCCAAGGUUAAAUCAAUGCACUACCAGAAUGAGAACCUUAGCACUACAACGGAUCCAGUUGGUAGUUUUGUUAUUUGCGAGAGUGAAUGAGGAUUCCUAAACAUUACCUUGUCUUUUUAAAAUUCUAACUUUAGGUGAACAAAACGGUAACCGAAAUCCUGGUGGACUGCAGAUCGGUGAUCUAGUAAACAUUGAUCUUGACUUGGAGAUUGUUCAGUCUUUGCAGCAUGGCCACGGAGGAUGGACUGAUGGAAUGUUUGAAACUUUAACUACUACUGGCACAGUUUGUGGCAUAGAUGAAGAUCAUGACAUUGUUGUUCAGUAUCCAAGUGGCAAUAGGUACAUUCUGCCAUUAUUUCUUGCCUGGAAUACUUAAUGGGAGUCAGCCUUGAGAGUCAGUUAUCAAAUUGAAUUAGCAUGUGGGGCCAGUAAUUUAUUACAGAAAUGUGACUACAUUAAUCCGUUUCAUUUUACUUUAAACAUUUGAGGGAUACUCUUAAACUACUAGAUACAACCAUGGAGACAUAUUGGAGUCUUGCAAAAUCAACCAGUUGUAGACUGGCAGAUGUGGGUUAAGAUUGGUUAGUAAUGUAGCUAUACAGUUAAUAUAAACACUAAACACUUCAUCAUAAUGUUUCAUGGCCAUUGAUACUUUUCAGGUGGACUUUUAACCCUGCUGUUCUCACCAAAGCCAACGUUGUCCGAAGUGGAGAUGCUGCUCAAGGUGCUGAAGGCGGUACUUCACAAUUUCAAGUGGGUGAUCUUGUCCAAGUUUGUUAUGACCUAGAAAGAAUUAAGCUGCUUCAAAGAGGACACGGCGAAUGGGCUGAAGCAAUGCUUCCUGUAAGUUUAAGCUAAGUCUGGUUUCUUCUAAAUGAGGAACCGUUCAAUGCUGAAGGGAAACCUUUCGUUUUUGUGCUCAUAGUAUGGUGCAAAAACCCUUAUACAUUCAUGCUGUGGCAGUUGGGCAGAAAUCUGUGCACCAGUACAGAUGUUGGCUCAUGUACACAAUUGGCUGGUGUCAAUUGUGCCAUUGCAUCAGUGUCAGGAUGCUGGUGUCCACUCAUGUCUUGUGGUGCUGGUAUAGAAAUUCCUAGUAUAAUGCUAUAAUUCUGUCUCUUAAUGCUUGGAAAUAGAAGAAUUUGAUAGUGAAAUGUUAGUCUUGAUACUUCAUUAAAUCAACAUGUGAAGAAGACUUGUCAUUUCCCUCUUUCAGGACAAUUGUUCUAGUUGUUCUUUUACAACCACAGCUUAUCCCAGAAAAUAAUUAAUUUCUGUUAACAACACCUUCAAUGAGAUUUUAUGGAUAUUUGUGAUACCCUUUGAAAUAAAAGUGUGGCAGGUCUUUUUCCUAUGCAAAUUGAGACCACCAUCCCCAUAUAAUUAGCGCAAUGGAAGGAGAAUACAGUAUGUGUCUUCUGCUGGAUGUAUUUUCAAGCUAUUUACUUACAUUUGCCAUUGUGAUGCGAGUGAGGGACAAGUUGGUGGAAAAGCAUGUCCUUUUUUAAGAGGAGCACUGACAGUUGUCAUUCUCUGGCCUCUCCCCAUUUAUUAAGUUUAUGCUAAGGAUUGGAUAACUAGACAAUUCUGUAACUAUUGAUUUUCUUAGAAAUUAUUAAUUUUCUGGCUCUAAGGUAUUUGAAACAAAAAAUUCCAACAGUAGGCGCUUGAAUAGCUAUAAUGGUCUGGAAGAUGUAGGACCACAUAAAUAACACCUGGAAUUAUUGGAAAAGAACAUGUCUUUCUGAACAACUUCAUAACAGAAAUUAACUAGAUUUUAAUUUAAUGAUUAUUCUGCACAUUUCUAGCUUUCAUCUUUGCCUAUUGUUACGAUUCAAGCAAUAGUGGUGCCUUUUCCCACAUGGUGCCAUCAAAGUUUUGGACUAUAACUCCCAUCAGCCGCAAACAGCAUGGCCAGUAGUCAGGGAUGAUGGGAGUUGUAGGGUUUUUUUUGUUUUUGUUUUAAAAACUCAGUUUCAAUUAAUUUCAUGUGUCUACUACCCUAAGUUAGUCAUGUUCAUUAAUUUCAGUGCAUCUACUCUGAGUUGGGCUUGCAUUAGAUACAACUCAUAGUCCAAACCUCCUGGAAGACAAUAGACUGGGGGAGGCUAGGGUAUAUACAGCUUGAUUGAAAAUAUAGUAUGGGAUGUGACAAUCUGUACUUACAAAGCUGUAACAUAAUAAAUGUGUUUGACUGUCUUGUCUUCAAUGUAGACUUUAGGUAAAGUUGGAAGGGUCCAGCAGAUCUAUUCAGAUAGUGACUUAAAAGUAGAGGUUUGUGGAACUUCUUGGACAUACAAUCCAGCUGCUGUGUCAAAGGUAGCAUCAGCAGGCUCCGCUAUAAGCAAUGCAUCUGGGGGUAAGUUAGAAAGUUAGUGUCUACAAGAUGUGAAAUUAUUAAAGGUGUGUUACCUAAGAGAAAAAUAUUUAGUGAAAGUACUACAUUAACUUUCAGGGAAAUAAAAUUUUCUUAAUGUAAAACAGUUCUGUCAAUUAUUCUGUUUCCAGAGGAGAGUGGAAGGAUAAUUGGGUACUUUUACUUUAUACAUGAAUUGAUUUUAGAAGAUACUUUUGUUGUAUGGUGUUCUAAAUUGCUUCAGAAGAAUAAAAAAGCAGGUUGUGGAUAUAAAUAACAUGCCUCCUUAGAAAAAGCCCUAUUGAAGUCAGUGGGAUUUACUUCCAGGUAAUCGUUUGUAGGACUGCAACCUUACUAGGUCAGAUGCAGCUAAAAUGUUCCAUCAGUCAUAAUCACUAGACAGUCCACAAGAUGGUGCAAGAAAGCUUGUAGGCAUUUUCAGUGGAAGUAAUUCCUUGCAUGUUCUCAGUCAGGCUAAUUGAAGGCCAACAAACUGAAAUUUAAUCCUGGUAAGACAAAUUCUGUGGGUGAACCACUGGCAGCUCAGACAAGUCAGGUGCCAUUUCAUGUCUCAGCUGCCCUCAGCUACACACGUAUUUCUAAACUCUCACAGUCUGCUCAACUUUAGGUUCCUUUAGAACCUUCCUUUUCUUUUCUUUGGGGAGUAGAAGUGAAUGCUGUCCAUAGAAAAGAAUAGAGAAAUCCAUAAUUUUAGAGUUAAGUGGGAGGAAACAUACUGUGCUGCUGUCCAGCCACACCUAAAGGUAGGAGCCAAAGGCACAAUUUUCUGCCUUUGCCAUUCAUUCUGAGCACUCAGUGAAAUGAGUGUUUUCUUAUCUCUAUUUCCUCAACAUUCUGUAAGACAUGGAAUCUCACAGGGCUAUAUGCAUUUUUAAAUGUACAGUCCUAUAGUUCUGUACGAAUAUGAAUACCCUCAAUAUGUAGAAGUGCUGCUGUAUUGUUUGCUGGCCAUGUUUUAGUUCUAAAUGGGUAGGCACUUGACUCACCCAAGUUCACUAUUGGAGGGAAUGAUUCUUAAUAUUUAAGUUAUGAAGUGAUGGAUCUGUUUUUGCUGCUAUUUUUCUGGAGCAAAUUGCAACAUUGUUUUAGAUUUGUUUGGUUUACGUAAGAGUGUUUUUGAGUUAUAAAUACAUUGAAGUUCAUUCAAGUGCAACACAACAUUCAGAUAUUGUGAUUUGUAUUAAAAUAAAUUGUUAUAAUAUUCACAGAGCGGUUGUCCCAGUUAUUGAAGAAACUGUUUGAAACUCAAGAAUCUGGGGAUCUUAAUGAAGAGCUGGUUAAAGCAGCUGCUAAUGGAGAUGUAGCCAAAGUGGAAGAUUUGCUUAAGAGACCAGAUGUGGAUGUGAGUACUUUAUGUUUUAACUGCUAAUGCAAAAAGAUACUUCCAAUUCCUUUCUAGGUUUGUUUUUUUUAAUGGCACUUCUCAAUGGUCAAAACAAAGAUAGGCCUUCCUUUCAUGAUCUUUGCAGCUAGAGCUAUAAUGGCAUUGAGUGAAAGGAAGAAGUUUAAUUGUACAGUGCUUAAAAGGGAAAAUCAGUCCAACUCUGGUGUUCUUCAGCUUGUUGCUUUCGUUAGAUACCUGCACACUGUAUUGUUGUCAAAAGCUUUUUUAUGUUGUUUCAACUUACCCAGAAGAGGAAGCUUUAUCCUGAAAUAUUAGUUAUAAUUAUCCCUUCAAGUAGCUAGGAUUUGGGUGGAAUGCCCUGGUUCAUCCAAGAGAAGAAAUAGGGAGUGAUGACAUGUAGCCUUCACCUGAUUGUAUUGCUUUGGAUUUCCCUGUAUCUUGGGAUCUGCAGAUACACUGAUACACAUUUAAAAUGUCUUCAAAAAGUAGUUAUAUUGGUACUGUUUUAAUAGAUAAUAAUUUGUCAGAAUUUGAUCCGAGCUAGCCAAAUGACUUUAAGGAUGAUCAUUGACACCCCAUUCCAUAAUCCUUUGGAAUUUUAAUUUAAAUCUUAAAUUCUUUAGUAGAUUUAAAGGUCUUUAUAGUGGAUUACUUUAGCUAAGCUGGUAAGUGAAAGAGAUACUGGAAUUUGAAGAGACAGUUCAUCAAAUGACAAGUAUUAAAAUGUGUUCAAUAUAUUUUUUGUAAAGUAUGUUAGAUUAGUUACCUGUCAUUCAAUAUUGAAUUUGUUCUCUAGAUAGUUUGGUGCAGUUCUUGAGCAUAUGUACAUAUAAUAAAUGUAUGCUGUAUUUGUAAGCUGCCUUGACUUGAUUUAUCAUGUAUUUCCAGGUGAAUGGGCAGUGUGCAGGACACACAGCUAUGCAAGCUGCUAGUCAGAAUGGGCAUGUUGAUAUUUUGAAAUUGCUUCUGAAGCAGAAUGUGGAUGUAGAAGCUGAGGUAUUUAAAUCUUUGUCAACUAAAUGCUACGAAUAGAAGUCACUUAGUGUUACAUAAUGAUUUUAAACUUUCAGACUCGUCAUUUAUAAAUGUUUCUGGCUAAGGAAUAUUUUUACUUUUUAUGACUCCUUUUAUUGCAAUCUGUUUAAUUUGAUUGUUUCCGGUCUUUUUAAGCAAAAACACCAUAGCCUUGAGGCAUCUUAAAAGACUAACAGACAUAUUAAUAAACUUUUGUGGACUAUUGUCCACUUCAUCUGAUGUAUUCAAUAUUAUCCUAUUAUCCUGAGUUGCAGGUAUGUACAUAUAUGCCUGUACCUUGGGGAGAGAAUUGUAAACAGUGAGGUCAGAAGGAAAUGAAAUGCAGAAAAAUACAAAUUGUGAUAAUUACAUAGUUUAACAGUGGCCAUUCAAGAGAUGAGACAUCCAUAUUGUGAUAGGGACUGCACUUUCAAGUGAAGAGGCACGAAACCUGUGUCCUGCAGCUUGUGCUACCCUACUAAACUGUAGAAUUCUGCCCUAGUCUUUGCAUUGUAGCUUCACUAGACUAUUACAUGGAAUAGUUGUACAUUUUAACAGCAAAAUAACUGGUGUGAUGCAUAAGUAGUGCAAUUUGUGUUGUUUACAUCUUGCCAAAAUGUCACAUGGACUGUACUUUAUACAGUAUUCUCAUUUAUUCUUUCUCUGUUAGGAUAAUUGUGAUGUUUUAUGCCAUUGCAGCAUUUUGCUUUGUGGCUAUUUAUUUAUUUAAUAUUUAUAAACCUCUCUUUCAGAAGAAAUAUAUAGGCAGCAUACAACCUGUACGAUAUAAUAAAAACAGUAAAAGUAUCCAUAAAACAUAAAUAAAAUAUCAGUAGAUAUUGGUUGGUUCAGUAACGAAAUUCAUGUUGUGAAGACCUGUAUAAGACAGUUUUGCUAUUGGUAUAGAAAGUGCUUAAUCAUGAGCCAGAGUUAUUGUCCAGUGCAAGAGUAAUAUGACUAAUUCCACUGAAUGUUGAUCAUUUAGGACAAAGAUGGAGACAGGGCUGUUCACCAUGCAGCUUUUGGUGAUGAAGGAGCUGUAAUAGAAGUUUUGCACAGAGGCAGUGCAGAUCUCAAUGCUCGCAAUAAACGUAGACAGACACCACUUCAUAUUGCUGUUAAUAAAGGUCAUCUCCAAGUAGUAAAGACAUUACUGGACUUUGGUUGCCACCCCAGCCUCCAGGUAAUUUAAGCUCCUGUUUAUUAUUUGUUUUGAUACAAUAAAAUGUAUGUAAACGUGGAGUUUUUGAAUGUACAUAAAUAACAUUAAAGUUAUAAAAUGGGAUCUGCCUCCAAAUUUCCAUAUAAUUGUUGGAUUUGAGCAGUUUUUCUUGCUGUAUACAUUGAUAUGUAUAUGGAAAUAUAUGCAAUUAUGACCUUAAACAUGCAUUAUAACAUUGAUCUAUGCAAUCAUAACCUUGAUUUGUUGCUAUUAUUUCUUCGAUUUGACUUGAACAUGUUACUAUCAGUUCAGUUGUUGAUCUUCUGUGGUGUUUAAUAGUUUAGAUCAUAGACAGACAACUUUUGUAAUCUCGGGGAUCUUCUGCUAUUGAUUGAAACAGUAUGUCUCAAAUUUCAAUGAAGUUGGUUUCCUCUGAUAGUAAGGGCUUCAUCAUUAAUAGAGUGCAUGUAUGUUCAGUGAUAGCAUGGUGUGUUGAUGUAUUACAUUGCAAGAUGUUAUCUAGAGAUCUGGAGUGCCAUCUGGAGUGCAAUCAUACUGAUGGCACCCAACACUCUCCCAUCAGAUGCCAGGAAGGCAGUGGAAACUCUUAGUCAGUGUUGAGAGGCUGUAAUGAACUGGAUGAGGGUGAACAAGCUGAUCUGGAAAUGGGUGUUCAACCUCUUCUGAAUGGGAUAGGUAUCACCUUAUCAGGUUUACAGUCUGGGAACACUUCCAUACACAGCUAUGCUCCUGCAGGCUAGUAGCGAAGCAUUCUUUGGUAUAUGCUUUGGUUAUGUCGACAUUGGACUAUUUCAACACGCUAUACAAGAGGUGUCCUUUAAAUAGUGUGUGGAAACUACGCUUAGUAUUUACAGAUACUACAGAUACAAUUUCCAAACAAAUGACAAAAUAACUAUUGGAAUUCCUCAAACAUGAUGGAAAUGUAUUAGACAUUUUCAUCAUACCUGGUGUUCUUUUAAUAUAUGGUUGGUCUCUACUUACAUUUUUUAUAUACAGUGGAACCUUGGUUCUUGAACUGCCUAGUUGACGAACAAAUUGGCUCCCAAACACUGCAAACUUGGAAGUAAGUGCUUUGGUUUGCAAACCAAAUGUCUGACACAGCUUCCACCUGAGUGCUUUUGAGUGCAGCCAAUCAAAAGCCACGCCUUGGUUUUCGAAUGGUUUCAAGAGUCGAAUUGACUCCCAGAACAGAUUAAGUUUGAGAACCAAGGUUCCACUGUAAUACAUGUUGCUAUUCAGAUGAACCUUACAAAGCGGUUUACAUAGAAACAGUAAGCAUAAAUUAAAAUUGUAGAAUGAAGCAGCAAAAAGAAGCUACAAAGGGGAAAAGUUAUAUUGAAAGUUGUAUUUCUCCUCCCCUCAGGUCAAGAUAGGUAUUGAGUAGCCUACUGGAAUAGUUUAGGAGAAGUCAGGACCACUUCAGCUGAAAUAUAGGGAGCUAGAUGCUAGAUGAUGGGCUGCUCUCCAGUCUUUUCUAUCUUUUCCUCCUCCACUCAGGGCAUGAUAGUCCUUAGAUAGCCCAGUGGAGGUUAUUGGAAUGGGGAAAGCAAGCUCAGCUGAAACAUGGGGAGCCCUCUUAAAAGAUCAUAGUAUUUUAUCAAAAGUCACAUUUUGCAUUGAUCAAGUUAACAUUCGUGUUUUUAUAUUCUGCAUAGAUGUAAUCUUUAUAUAACACAAAAUACUAAAUGUAACUUUUGCAUCAGACGUUUUCUCUGCAAAUAUGCAGUAUAAGCAGGAAUUAACUAAUGCCUAUUUUUAGGAUUCUGAGGGCGACACACCCCUUCAUGAUGCAAUAAGUAAAAAACGUGAUGACAUCUUGGCCGUACUUUUAGAAGCUGGAGCAGAUGUUACUAUUACAAAUAACAAUGGAUUUAAUGCUCUCCAUCAUGCUGCACUAAGAGGAAAUCCAAGGUACAGUAAACAUUUGUUAGUUCCUAAAGUUCAUCAAGAAGAAAAAAUAGAUUUCAUUGUGGGAAAGACUAUACAUUUGUUCAGAUGCAAGUUUCAUUUGUACAUUAUGGCUUUUCUGUUGCUAAGUGGUUUAAAGGUUCUCAGCAGCCCAAGUGAGCAUUGCAGAACUGGUUUCGGGAGUCAAAUGGACUCCUGGAAUGAAUUAAGUUCGAGAACCAAGGUUCCACUGUAAUAUAUGCUGCUAUUCAGACACAAUUCAGGGCCUGUGUACACAUGUGCAGUUUAUAUUAUGACAUGUUUCAUGUGUAACUGCAUUUGUAUUUCCAUCCCACCUCAAUGCUUUAUUUUUAUCCUGUGUUGUUAACUCCUGCCCAUAUUUAUCUGAUUGCCACCAUAUUUCCUUCUUUUUGGACUCUGAUAAUAGCCAUCAUGUGGGACUGUUUAGGCUACCAGUACAUGGCUAUAACAUAUUAUUGUGUUGAGAAUGAAAUUGUAUUCUCAUUGCUUAAAAAUUCAGGUAACUGAAUAGGUAAAGAAGUGAUACAUUUGAGGUAUGCUGAUAGAAACCAUGAAGAGGAUUGAUAUAGAAGAGCUUUGGAAUGAAAUAGCUAGUAACUAAUGUAUCAAAACCAUGACACUGGUCCUCAAAGUUAGAAAUAAAGGCACAUUUCCCAAGUAUUAGAGUUGCAUAAGAAAAUGCUUCCCAGCACCUCAAUCCUCCACUACUCUCUGCUGCCAUAAUUCUGCAGCUCUCAGAAGGCUGUAGGUGCACUGUCAUUUACAGUGCCACCUGUUGGUAGAUGACACUGCAAACUAGUGUGAAGACAGCCUAAGAAAAAUAUAUACUAGAAGAGAUUAUAUGGGAUCUGCACUGUGCAAAACAGCAUUUGGAAACUUUUAUAGCUUUGGAUGGCCUGCUGCCCUGCUCUUGAGCAGGAGAUUCUAUGCCCCUAUAUGGUGGCUGGUGAUAGAACUACAAAGAGACCUUCCUCUGCAUAUCUUAAGGUCAGUAAGGAUAGAGGUUGGCAGAAAGAAAGGCCCUUAAAGAAAGGCUUUAAACACUAAUAUGAGCACCUUGAAUUGGGCGCCUGUAAAUUAACUGGCAGCCACUACAGCAGUUUUAAAACAGAGGUUAUAAGAUAGAAUCCCAGUUAGUAAUCUGCUGCAUUUUGGACCUAUUGAAGUUUCUGAAUUGUCUUCAAGGACAGCCCCAAAUUGAGUGCAUUGCAAUAGUCCACAAGUUACUGUAGCUAAAUAAUUACACUAGCAAGAUCCUUAUAUCAUUAGUUAUGUAUUCACUGAGUUUUAUGCACAUUGACCCUGUAAAAAUGUCAUGCUUCCAUUAUGGGCCCAGAGUUGGGAUAGUUGGACCCAGUGGGCAAGAAAUAAUUCAGGACAUUUUGCUUGGCAUAGACAAUCUCUGCAUCUGUGUGGUGCGGCCCUCAUUUUUUAUUUAAAAAAUAUUAGCCAUUUGUGUAUGACCUGUGUAUGUGUGUGUGUGCUACUGUUCAGAGAAAAUGAAAGCAAUGUUUUAACUACGUUGUAAAUGUAUUGUUUCUUUGCUGCACAAACUCACAACAAUGUAUUUCAAUAGAAACAAUUAGUUCAUCUCUCCCAUUCUAAUUUGGGUCCUAUAAUUGUAUCCUAAAAGGUGAUGUUUAAAUAAAUGCCAGGAUCCUGGCAUUUAAUAUUUUUCUAUAAAUCUUAGCAUUUCUUAGAAGUAUAGCUUCACUUUGCAUGCUGGUUCCUGGAGAAGAGAUUGUAGCUGCUUUGCUCCUCCUCUGGUUUUCUUUCUGCUGUGAAUUUAGGCAUGGUUUGGCUUAGCUCCAGACAAGUCAUGAGCUGUAACAAAGUUUAUUGAAGGUUUGCAGCUUGUGAUUGUCAAGAAAGAGAAACCAUGAGCCUGGUUUCAGAUGACAUGUUAAACCAAACCACAUUUUAGUUCACAGCACCAGCAUGACUGGAUAGAGAAGCAAAGCAGCUGCACUCUUCGCUUCAUGUGCUAAGUCAUAGUCUGUCGUAGUAUUAUGUGCAAACCAGGUCAUAGUUAAUUUAAAAGUGAAUGCUCUUCAUGUCUGCUCAGAACUUAAACUCAUUAAGCUCAAUGGGAUUUAUUUCCAGAAAGAUGUACUUAAGUUUACAGUGUACUUAAGUUUGCUUAAUUUGUUCCCGUUGCUUACACAAUUACUUUUUAUCUGGACACCGAUUGCUUUCCCAAAGCUUUAGUAAAAGCUAUUGUACUUACCUUGUACUUCUAGUCAUGUGAUAACUAUAAAAUUAGACUGCUUGCAAUGCUUUCCCCUACUCUUCUUUGAAUUUAUUAACAAGCUUAUCAACUCAGUCUUAGAUCCUACUGCUUCAGCCCUGGAGCAAUGCCAAUAGUUACUUUCUCCAAACUAUGACUUGAUCUAUAAUAGUUGCAUGUUAACCAUAUCAGUUUGACCUAAUUUAAUAGGAUAGUUUUUGACCCCAUAAUGCCCUUGUAAAAGAGUACUGCUAUCACAGAUUCAUCUCAUCUUAAGCUUUUAUAGUAGUGCUAGUGGUGCUUGAUAUCUGUAUUGGCCCUUUGGUGUUGAAAAAACACUCUAGCUUCAUUUUCAUCUUUGUUAAUUUUUGUAGAACACAAUAGAAAAGAGGUCUUAGUGAAUGCUUGCUACUCUUUAAACUUAAUUUGAGUUGUACAAAGAUAGUAUUAAAAUAGAGGAAUUGUAGCACAAAUAUAUUUACAUGUAUUUUGCAUUUAUUUUAUAAGAGCUGACAUACAUUUACUCUCUUUUUAAAAAACAAACCAGUGACAUAAAGCAAGAGGACCUGUUAACCUCAAAUUCAUAUUGAUAUACAAUAAGAAUGUGCGGAUGAGACACAAUUUCCAAUAUUGUGGAUUUUGGUUUGGAAGUGAGGUCCCUACUAUAAGUUUGCCAGGAAUAGAUGCUGGUGGUCAGUUUUUGAUCGUUUGUUUGCAUUCAUGUGCUUGACUGCUUUUAAAAAUCCUUCUUUUUCUUGAAUAUUUUCUUAUUUCCAUUAUUAACAUAUCUUGUUGAUGAAAGCAUUUGUCCUGUAGUGAUCAAUACAUAGCUACAGCUGGUUGAAGGGGACCAAAUCCAUUAAACAAGUGAUUUGGUUCCAUUUUACCAGCUUUAGCAAAGCAUUGAAGUUUAAGAGGCAUACAAUUGUUUCCAUGUUGUGUUCAUUAAAGUGUUGUUGUGUGAAUACAAGUUCUGUAUGCAGUAUAUAUUCCUUUUUAAAUUUACAAUUUUCCAAAGUUUCCCUAAAUGGCUCAUCUUUCUAUAAUAAAAAGUUCAAAAAAGUGAAACUCCAAAUGUUAAACAAUAGGAGAAAACAUUUUCGUGGCUUGCAAUAGUUGGUUUUGUUCUCUUUGUAUGCUUUUUGUGAUCGUAACUUCUAAUCAUAAUAGAAGAUUCAUAAAAGAAGAUUUUAAGUCAUGGCCUUAAAACUGAAUGUUCUCGUGAAUGUUGAACUAUUUAAUACUAGUAAUGUGUUUCUCUUGGCUAUCGGGUAUCAUAUUUAUCUCCCAAGGGGAUUACUUCAGUUAAAGAGAAUACUAUUUUUAUAUUAGUUUGCUACUGCCACAUUUAAUUACAGCAGCUGUUGACAGAGAACUGAUUAUGGGAAGGUGAAGAGGGAGCAAUGUUAGCUUGCUAGUGGUGUUCGACAAAUGCUUCUAUAGUUGUACUUUGGAACAACCUUGGUUCAUAUUUCUGUGUGCUACAAGGCCUUUUCUGUAGUAAUGUUUAUUCAAUCUAGAACAUCUGUGUGUGUGUGUGUGUGUGUGUGUGUGUUUGUGUUUUACAUAAACAGUUCUUACCUCUCCUGUUGUUUCAAUUAUCAUAAUACAUAACCCUUGAUAUCAGAGUUAAAAGUGCAUAUACUUUUGAUUUUGAAGAAAUGUCAGUACAUGCAGUAAAUCAAUAUGAUAUUUAAAGGCUUACACUGAGGCAAUUGAAAGGAAGAGUAAUAUUCAACUUAUAUAUUAAUAAUGCAUACAUUAAAUGUAUCCUGCCAGUUUUGUUGCAAAGUGCCCUGGUGGUGAUGAGAUUUCUGUAAAUAUGCACUCAUUCCUUGUUAUUAAAUAUAGAAAUGGCACAUAUUUGGCUUAAACCUUGAGCAGCAAUAAAACUGGUAUCUAUUUUUAUCAGUUAUAUGGAAACUGUUGUACAGGUCCAGCUGCUCGAGUGUUCUUUUGGAUGGCAAUAGUUUCAUGUACUGGCUAUAUCAGGAUAAAAAGUGACCAUGGAAAGAAGCAUGGAAGCAUUUGAUAAUGUCAGCAUCUGCUAUCCUUGUCAGUCAAAUGGUUGAGAUGUUUGAGUUACAACUGUGUCAGCAGAUGUCCAGAGUUCAGCUUGUGCUUAGCUAGAAUUCAACAGCUGACCUAAGUGAUGGGGAUGACAUUAUAGUGUGGCUAUGCUCUAAGAGAAACAAGACUUUACCGAGUUCUAUGUGAUUUUUAUCUAAGGUUUGUUUUGCUGCUUGUUUACAAUACUGGUGCAGGAAAAGGUGCAAAGUCUGACUCAUGUUAAUGCUCAAUUUUAAGAAUGUGAGCCUUCAAAAGUUAAUCUUUAAUUUGUUGCUUAGGUGCCCUAUUUCUAGAAAUGAGCAGUGCUUCAUAGAAAUAAGCAAGGUUUGAUUCCUUUGCUGCUAGUGAAUUCUGCUGUUAGAUUAUAAAUUAGUUGAUUGUAGUGUUAGUUAUAAUACCAGUGUUGCUUUACAAACUAUCUUUAAAUAUUGGUUGCUGGUUAAAACAAAAUGUGCUUGCAACAUACACAAAAACCAUAACUUUAUAUUUCAAAUCUACGUAAUAAGAAACAUUCACAUCUUUAAUAUAUUUGAAAACUUUUGAUAUUUUUAACAUUACUCCAUUUAGUAACAGCUAGAAUUUGGUUUUGAGAAUCUGUACUACUUAUGAAUUGUUUGAUAUAUGAAAUGUUAAUAUGAGCUGAAUUAAUAUAUGUAUUAUGAAUGUUUAUUUAUUCAGCUCUUGUUUUUUCAGUUUUUACUUGGUUCUUGCAAGUAAUAGUUUAGGGGUAGAGCAAGCAUUUCAUUUCUUAACUCUUAAUCAGAAAACCUGUUUAACAAAUAACAAGGUAAUUUCAUAUUUUGAGGUUCAAAUUUUCCCUCAUGAUAUUCAGAUUUAAUCUACCAUCUUUAAAUUUCUCAAAACUUUAAUUAGCAUUCUUCUGAUUUUUGAAAACAAGCCUUUGGGAACUAAAGACAUAUGGUUGCUGACAUAUGAAAGCUUUACACAUGAAAUGAAUGAGAAUUUAGAGAUGGCUACUUGCAAGUAUAUGGUGCCUUAUGGCUUAGAUGUCAUUGUGCCAUAAUAUCAAAUCCACUUACCCUGAGUUUUCAGCUAAAUUGAAAAAAAAAAAAAGGUUAUGACCCUCAAUUGAUUAGUAGUGAUAUUCUCACACCUACAUGCUUACACAAGUGUCAUGUUUUUAUUGUUUAUUCUAGUGAUGUUGAUUUUAUUUUCUUAGGAUAGAUUUAGGAUAGAAAAUGAAGUGUCUGCUUCUACAACCAAUAUUACUCUGGCAAUGAAGAUACAUGCAACACUUAGACAAAUGUUAAUGUUUCACAAAUUGUACUACUAUUCACCUGAUCCUUUCACCCAAAUACAACUAAAGUGGAUUCCUCAUUCUUUGAUCAGCUUAGUUCAGUUUUCUUUUAGUUGUAGUUCAUACCUGCCAAAAAUACAUACUUCUUUACAUUCCAUAAUAUUGUAUUCGCAUAUGGGUACAUAAAGAAGUAUGUGCUCUGAACAGGUUUUAACAGCUGCUAAUUGCCAGUUGAAACUGAAAACAUUUUUUCUUUAUCCUAAAGUGCAAAAUAAUUGUUCCCAAUUAAUUUCAGGAACUGGUUUUUGUUUUAAUCUGCUGGUGAAGCUAAAAUUCACAGUGUAGUUUACCUGCACAGUAGUUUAAAGCAUAUUAAAAGUCAUUGUUUGUCUAUGAGGAUUUCAGGUACUUGUCUGGAAUUCUGUUUCUUCUUACUGUCAAUUAAGCUUGCAUAUGAAGAAUAAUGUGCCUUCAUCAAAAGUUGGCUGUACCAAUUAUAUCCAUGAAAUGGGAUGUUGUACUCCACUUUGAGCUUGGUUUGUUGGCUGUCUGCAUCCAUAUUUAAUUCUGUUCAUUCUAGAAGCUGACGGCAAUUAUCCAAAUAAAAUGGAAAUGGGUUUCUUUGUAAAAAUCCCAAUUCUAGUAAUUUGUUGUAGUUCCCACAAUUUUUUUUAUCGAGUUAUUGAAGAUGAUGCUGAGUACAAAAUUCAAAGCGGGUGACGGGAAAUCUUCUAAAUGUUAGGAUUUGGCCUAUAGUUGGCUCUAGUUCACGGAUUGUGAGCUGGUCCAUACUGAACAUUUAUGAAAUAGUUAAGUUCAUGCAAUAGUUCCUAUAUUUGCAAUACAGAGUCAUUUGCCAGCUUACUACAUUUACUAUAUCAGAUAUAUUGCAAUAUUUAGCUAUCUAAUUAAUUCCAUCUCUUUCUAUUGAAUCUGUUAGUGUGGCAUAGAAAUUACAAAAUCAGGUGGCAAAAACCUAAAAAAUUUGUUUGUGGGGUCAGCUAUUUUUUAAGAGGUGAAAUGUACAAAUAACAGUUUUGAAAGAUGCUUAAUUGCAUUUGUGACAUUGAUUCGUGAUCUGAACAAGGAAAUAGGUUCUCAUAAGUAUUAAUUUAGAGAAAAGCUUGAGUAAAACAUCUAAAUGGUAGUCAGGCAAGAGAAAAACCAUGUAUGUUCAAUUUCUGCAGCCCAUGACAAAAAGCUAGUGCAGCUGAUAGAGAGCAAAUCAGAGCCUAGCAGUAGCUAGCACAGUACUACAAGGAGGAACAGCAAUGCAGCAUAAGAAUUAUAACUUGCUUGUUUUCAGAUUUGAACUGGAUUGUAAUCAUGCUUAAGAAUAAAAUACCUUUCAUGUUCUCUCUUGGUAAAAGUGUUGUGCAGUUAAUGCAUUGCCAUCCUUUUUCCUUACUAUAAUAAAAUGGUCACAAAAUGCUAGCUAGAUGUGGUUUGAAAGGGAGAACGAAGAGAUGCAUUUCUCUAAAAUUAAUACUUUUAGAAAUUGCUUAGAUAGCAAUGGAUGCAAUGUUCUAAAAUACAGCUCAGACAAGAUUGCUUGUCAAACAGGUACCUGUCUGUGGUUUUUAGGUUAAAUAGGAUUUUUCCAAAUUUACUCUUUACAGAUGCUUGAUACUUAAACACACUGGCAAUAAGUGUUACAUACAAUAGAGAUUAACAAAAACAAUCUAUUAAAUGAUACAUGCAGACAGGAAUCCUUUAAACAUGUGGAAUAAUUUAGGACUUCUAAUGCUCUGUUACCUGUAAGCUUAUCAUGCAGCAUUUGCAGUUGGAAGAGAGGUAGUGACCUAGAGAGAGACAUCAGCAGCAGCCAUCUCAUCUUGAGUGUUCACUCUAUUCGCUGAUUCAGCUCUUCGUUAUGUGGGAGGGGGAGCAGUGAGAAGGUGAAAGUGAAUACAUAUUUCACUUUCUAAAAUAGUUACAUCUAAAACGUAAACAGGAAUUUUAAUAGGUAUCUGCUAUGUGGACGCGUGGAAACAAGUUCCUUGUGGCUGCAAGACUGAAAGUAAAAUAUCCAGGGUAAGGCUGCUAGGAAACCCAAAGCAGGACAAAGUCUUCUUGUUUGUCAGUUGAAAACAAUGAAAAAAAUGUUCACGAAAUCUUAAAAAUUAAGCAUGCACCUGCAUCACACACACACACACCCCCCAAUAAAGUAUUUCCCCCUUCCUUCACUUCAGAUGUUGCGCUUCGUCUCUCUUCUUCCUUGGGUUUCAGUUUCCAGCCAGAUUUGUUGUAGCUAUUUUCUGUCUUCAGAUGUCGAAUAGAUGUUGUUAAGGUCAGGGCUCCCACAUGCAUGCUAUUUCGACUGGAUCUAUUUGCCUCUCAGAGUGAGCGAGCAAAACUGUUUCAGCUUUAUAGGCAGCUAAGCAUUCAAAACAUCCACUCCCAGGCAAACAGACUCUCUUCUGCCUCUCUCUUCCCUGACCAUAUUUAGUCAACCAUUGCAAAAAAUAGUAUCUCGGCUGUUGGUUGCAGUUCCAGGGGCAGAGCGUGGCUCUAUCUUUCUUUCUCUAUUGAUUGUUCAUCCUGCAGUCCCAACAGUGCUCAGUCAUUUGUGCUGAUAUGUUUUUAGCAAUGUCAAAUAAAGUGAGGUAUUCUGUUUCUACUUAGGUUUUUCUAGAUUUUUUUUAUCUUGAAUUUACAAGCCUCGAGCAUCUGUGACUCUGUUUUGAGGCAUUAGACAUCAAAACGAGGGGAAAGAUACUGAGAAAAAACUAAGGAAUAAGCAGCAUUUAAAUGUAAUGCCAUUUCAGAAAUACUUCUGUGUGUGAAAACAAAUCAAAAUUUGAAGAAUUGAACCUAAAUCUGUUAAUAAGCAAGAUGGAAAAACUGUGCUUAGUUUUAUUUUAAAAUCUUUCAUAGCGCAAGGGCAGUUGAGCUUGGGAAAUACUGCAGUAUAUCUUAUGAAUAGUGAAAACAGCAGACAAAACAAUAUAUUAAACAUGGCUAAAAAGAUGGUAUUUCCUAUUCAUCUCUUGAUAAAAUACCUUAUUGCAAGCAAUUAGGGGUGGACUCCAAUCAGAUGGACCUCAAACAAGUAAUUUCUAUGCAGCAUUCCUGUAAUCACAGCUCUCCAUUUAUGGGAGGACUGCUGAAGGGAAGGAUGGUUAUUGCUGUUGCAGGAAACUCCAACAUGCAGCAUUCAGAAAAGGGAGUAGAGAGGAUGUGGGGGACAGCAUCCCUUAUUAAAUGUUUUAAAAUAUUUGAAAGGAAUAAUGUGUUGGAAAUACAAUAUGUAUGUGCAAUAUAAAAUAAUUGACAAAUAAGAAUUAUUUAACCUUAGCUCUAUCACAAGGACUCCCUGGUAUUACCUGUACAUGCCUUUUUCCAUGUUGCAACCUGCAAAUGUCAGAUGGAUGAUAAUUAGAUAGAUAAUGGCCACUUUCUCUGGUGACACCCCAUGUCUGGAUUCUCCUGCCUAGCUCCCUCCACUGUUUACACAUUUGAAUUAAAUAUAUGUAAGGUAUAACACACAUACAUUUCCUUUCUGUACUCCCCUAGCAGCACCUUCUGUUCUAACCAAAGUACUAGGUUCCAUGUAAGUUCUUGGGAAAUUAUCAUAGUUUAAAAGCCGGGGAAAUUUUCUAAAGAAAAAAGCAGUGGAGCACUGUUGCUGCCAUAGAAUCUUGUAUCUGAAUUCCAUUCAUAUAAGUUAAUAGGAAGAAAAUAUGUAGUGUCAGUCUAGCAGAUUGAAGCACACCAGGUGGUACAUGAGCUGCAUGAACAUCAUUCCUGAAUGUGAAGUAACUUAAUCACAGGGAAGAAGCUGAGAUUGAGGGCAGGGUUGGAAGUAGACAUUCUACAUAUGUACGUCUGUAAAAAAGAAAGUCAUUAUUUUCUUUCUUCAGGCCAACGCCAUAUCACUGCAUAAUUAGGACAUUGGUACAACAUCACCUUCAUGAUAAACGUUGGGAAGCUGUUUAUAAUUUAUUACUUCUGGAAUGUAAUAAUGUCCUUUUUGCAUAGUUCUCAUUGAGCUUGAAAGUUAGGAUGAAAAUUUAGUAAAAUUCAAAGAAUCUCGCUAAAGUGAUUAAAAAUAACUUACUUAGAAAAGAAUCCCAACAGAUUUUGGGAGUAUGCGGAGACUAGAGUAGGCACAAAGAAAAACAGGAGUCCUAUUGCACGAAUGGAUUUCCAUUAUGGAAACAGGUGGAAUGUUGCCCAAUAUCUGCAACUUGACCAUUGGACCAUUACAGGAUAACAAUACAGUACUUUAUAUUUUAUUUCAGUGCAAUGAGGGUGUUACUGUCUAAGCUCCCAAGACCAUGGAUUGUAGAUGAGAAAAAAGAUGAUGGCUAUACUGCCUUGCAUUUGGCAGCACUUAAUAAUCAUGUGGAAGUGGCAGAACUCUUGGUGCAUCAGGUAAGGGUUUUUUUAGAAAUAUACUUUGGCAAUUUUUUAAAAAAAAGAUAUCUCCAAAACUUUUUUUCUAUGCCGGUUUGCCUUUUAAUGAGUUAGAUCAUUUGUACAUGUACAAAUGUACAGUGAGUAUUGUCUACUCUGUCACUGACUUUCCAUGGUGUCUGGAAAAGUUCUUUUAUCAUUGCCUGCUACUUGAGGCAACUGUGGAAAUACCAUAAGUUGAAUCCAGGACCUUUUGCAUGCAAAGCAUGUAUUCUUGUAGUGAGCUGUGGCCCUGUCCAUAAUCCAUGCAACACUGGUGUGUUUGUAGAGGUAGAUCAGUGGAAAACGCACAUAUUCUGAGGGAUCUGUUUUGCCAAUUCUGAUAUGACGAAGUCACAUUUUCUACGUUAUAUUAGUGUAUUUUACAAUGACCCUGAUUUUUAGUGAUUACCAUUCUUGUAAGAACAGAAGAAGAGCCUGCUGGACCAGACCAAUAACUCAUCCAGUCCAGCAUCCUCUUCUCACAGUGGCUGGCCAGGUAGGUGCCUGUGAGAAACCUGCAGGCAGGAUUCAAACACAAGAACCUUCUCCCCUCCUGUGGCUUCUAGUAACUGCUAUUGAGAAGCAUUGCUGCCUCCAACUGUGGAGGCAGAGCAUAGCCAUCAUGGCUUGUAGCCCUUGAUAGCCCUCUCAUGUUUUUGUUUAGGAUUUUUUGAAUCCUCUUUUAAAGUCAUCCAGGCUGGUAGCCAUCACUGCCUCCUGGGGAAGCGGGUUCCAGAGUUUAACUGUGUGCUGCGUGAAGAAAUACUUUCUUUUAUCCGUCUUGAGUCUUCCACAUUGAGCUUCAUUGGAUGUCCAUGAGCUCUAUAAUUAUAAGAGAGGGGGAAAACUUUUCUACCCACCUUCUCCAGGCCACUUUCUCCACACUAAAAAGUCCCAAGCACUGCAACCUUUCUUCACAAGGAAGUUGCCCAAUCCCCUUGAUCAUUUUGGUUACCUUUUUCUGAACCUUUUCUAACCCCUACAAUAUCCUUUUUGAGGUGAGGCAACAAGAACUGUAUUCCAAAUGCGGUCACACCAUAAAUUUGUAUAACUUCAUAAUACUACUGGCACCUUUCAUUCCUUUCCUCAUUAUCCCAAGCAUGGAAUUUGCACUUUUCACAGCCACCACAUACUAGUUAGCCUUGCAGGAAGAAAGCCUGCCCCACUCCAUUUUACCAGCUAGUCCCAGUGUAGCUCAAGUUGCGCAUUUGGUAAGAUGCUCAUUCAGAAGCAGCUGUCCUUAUUGUAAGCAAGUGGGAAAGUUACCAACUGAAUGUCUAAUCUAGUAUGACAUUUUGAGGGUUGUUGCUUACGUUAAUUCCAUUUGCAAGUAGUGUUAUGCUCUUAUGUAUAAAUUGGGUUUUAAAGAUGACUAAUGGAAAGAUCUAAUGCGGUUUUCAUGUCACAUGAUCAAUAUUUAAUGUAUGCUAUUAUAAAUAGUUAGAUAUUCAUUUGGUUUUAGCCUCAUGAACUAAUAUGUAGAUGAAAUAUUUUUUGGCUUUUGGGACCAAGAAAAGGUCCAGUUCAGGAUUUCUUGUUGGUUUUAAUGUUAAUAAGUAACAAUUGAAACAUCUCUUUCAGGGCAAUGCUAACCUGGAUAUCCAGAAUGUAAAUCAACAAACAGCACUGCACCUUGCUGUAGAACGACAGCACACCCAAAUAGUGCGGGUAAGAUACCAAUAGUAGACCAUAAGGCAGUUUCUCAGACUGUAGGUUACAGUUGCACAAUUAGGUGCUUUUUUCUUUUACCAGGCUACAAGCACACAAUUCCUGUUGUGUGGACCCUGCAAUAUAUAUGCUUGCUCAUUCUCUCUAGUAUAUAUCAUGCUUAAAUUCUGUUCAAACACAUACUGUCUGUUGCUAUAUUAACAUUAAAAAAAAAAGAAAUAUACACUUGCUUUCGAUAUUCUCGCUAGUUCUAUUGUAGAUUGAAAAGUAGGGUACAUUGAUUUAUUUGCACAACAACACUUCUGAAUUAUGCCUUGUGGCUGUCCCAGAGGAGAAUUCGGGAUGACAUAAUCCCAAGGCUUGUUGUAGCUCGUUCCUAUCAUGCUAAGCUAUGGUGUAGUGCAAUGUCUGAACUGAGCUUAUACUCCUUACAUUUUCACAGCAAACUUGUAUUUUGCCUCAUUUUAUCCCAACUAUAUUAAUAUUCCUGAAUUUGGAAAUAGGGAGGCAUCAGAGGUGGGAUUGGUCAAAUGAAAUAAAUGUAUAUUUACAAUAUCAGUGAAUUGAAGCAGCUGCUUAUAGAACUCUCUUUUUGUUGUGUCCCAAUGGUUGCAUGAAAGGAAGACAGCUUGUGCCACCUAUCUCUUUGCCUCUUCCCUCUCUGUAGCCCUUGUAUUUCCCGAUAAGCCUCACUAAAUAGAUUCCUGAAUAGUGGGAGGUGGGGAAAAUAAUCUGAACUCAGAUGGGGGAACCUUGCACAGUGCAGUCUCACUCCUCCUGUACAUUGUGGCCUGCACUAUUCUGGAGCCCUGUCCCCAACCCCAUGGAGAGACUUUGGAGGGGGUGUUAGGCUGCAGCGAAAGAGGAAGAGCAAGUUUGGUUGUCUGAGCUGCCUUCUGGUCAUGCAACUAUAAUAAUAAUAAUAUAAUAAUAAUAAUUUAUUAUUUAUACCCUGCCCAUCUGGCUGCAUUUCCCCAGCCAUUCAACUAUUAGAUGCAGCCCAUUCUUAUCAGCUUGUUACUUAACUCUGACAUAUCAAAUUGUAUGCUAGUUAUAUUUCUUGAGAUUAAAAUUAGAUUUGGUAAAAACAGAGUUUAAAGUAUACAGUGGUACCUUGGGUUACAAACACCUCGGGUUACAGACUUCACUAACCCGGAAGUAGUACCUCGGGUUAAAAACUUUGCCCCAGGAUGAGAACAGAAAUUGUGUGACAGCGGUAUGGUGGCAGUGGGAGGCCCCAUUAGCUAAAGUGGUACCUCAGGUUAAGAAUGGUUUCAGGUUAAGAACAGACCUCCGGAAUGAAUUAAGUACUUAACCAGAGGUACCACCGUAUAGCAUAAAAGAUACAAAUAAGUCUGAACAUAAUUAAAGUGACUUUGCAUGGCAAAUUAAUGUGCUAUUGUGCACUUCAGAGUUUCUAAUGUGUCUAUGACUCAUUAUGUGAGAAAAGAAAUGUUCAAAAUGUUGAAUUGUUUCUCCUCAGCUUCUAGUUCGUGCAGGUGCUAAACUGGAUAUUCAGGAUAAAGAUGGGGAUACACCCCUCCAUGAAGCCCUGAGGCAUCAUACUUUGUCACAGCUUCGUCAGCUCCAAGACAUGCAAGAUGUGGGCAAGGUAGAUACUGCUUGGGAGCCAUCGAAGAACACAGUAAAUAAUUUGAAUUUAUUUAUUUCUUCUCUACUAUACUUUCUCUCUGCAGUAUGUUGCAAGAUCCUGUUUUGUUUUGGACUGCUUUCUGUUUUCUGAAAAGCAAUUAUUUAAAGAUAAUAUUCCAUUAAAUAUAAAUGCCAAUUGAGAAUUAGUUUGGCAUAUUAUCAUGGACAACUUUGGUAGAAAAACUUUUUUUUUUAAAUCCCCAAAUAUUUCUGAUUUUGGUAAUCAGCUUAAAUUUUUUUUUAAAAGUUCAUAAAAUGUCAUUUGAAUUAACAAGCAGUAAUCCAGAACAAAAAUGAGCUAAAUAAUUAUAGUAUGCAUGGCUUCUAACUUUUCAGUUGUAUGCUUUGUACUAAACGAUAGAAACUGACAAUAGAAUUUAUAUAUACAUUUUGGAUAGUAUUUUGAGCAUAUUUGUCUGUGUGGUUGUAUAUACUAGGAAAGUGAGUUAUUAUUCAAGUUGUUUCAUUGAGGCAGAACAAUAGGAAAAAAUAACUGCAGAGAAAUUAUGUGAUUUUUAUGGCAGUAGUGUUAACAGCAGAUGGGGGCUAGAGUUGAACUUAAAAAUAUGGCAAACGCCAGAAUUGUGCUGAGUUGCACACGAAGGGUUGGUACGUGGGAUGAAUGGCUUGGUACAAAAGAACUGUCAACAUCAUGCAUCAUAUCCAACACCAGCGCUCCACUCGUGCAGUGGACUUUCCCAGUGGAAUUUCCUCCUCCUCUCAUGUUCUCUGCAGCUCCCCAUGCAUACUCAGAAUCAGCUGCAUGGGGUAGGAGGACUCUAAGGAGCAGAUUUAGAUGGUAUGUGGGGAGAGGGAGAGGAAGGGCAACACUUCCUGAUCCAGAAAGCACUGAGAGAGCUUUAAAACCUUGAUGCCGCUGGACUGUUAGAUGCCCAAAUUUAUCCUUUGGGCUCUCUUUGGGGGUACACAUUGCCUCUGUGCUUCCCCCCAGCUCUCACAGCAAGUGAGCUGCUCAACCGGAGCAAAACCCGCCAUCCGCUAUCUUCUGAGGCAACCUGGUAGUCCCCCUCACUAUGCCACUGGAACUCUGCACGUGCAUUGUUUGAUACUACCAGACGAUACAGUCUUUCACUCUGUUCAAGGAACUUUGAAAAUAACUAACUGCAUGAAGUUACACUUCAGGGCUAGUAUUUGCUCAGAUCUAUUAAUGAUACAGUUUUGUCUUGUUGGUUUUGUUUUCUCAUAAGAUAUUAUUUUUCAGGUACAUCAUUAGUUGCGAAUUUACUUUCUUUCAGUUGAUAAUGGGACUGGGUACUCAGGGAGCAGAAAAGAAGAGUGCAGCAUCUAUUGCCUGCUUCCUGGCAGCUAACGGAGCUGACCUUGGUAUUCGUAAUAAGAAGGGUCAGUCGCCCCUUGACUUGUGUCCUGAUCCUAGCCUCUGUAAAGCAUUGGCUAAAUGUCACAAAGAAAAAGUCAGGUUUGUAUUGUAGCAGCGCAAUAGGAUUAACCCACAUUUCCUUUCCAAUUUUCUGUUUGCUAUAGAACAGCUGAUAAAGUACACACACACACACACACACACACACACACACACACACACAUGUUGUAACCUGCCCUGGGACAUUAUGGGUGAAGGGUGGGUAAGAAACCUUGUAAAUAAAUAAGUACGUUUAUCCCAAUUCUAAGAGAAGCAAAUAAAAUUAAGGUAGAUUUGCAUUCUCACAAUAUUUAGUUUCAUGUGAACUAAAUUGAAUAGUGGUGUUCUCAUUUAAGUUUCUUAAUGUUUUAAUGUAUACAAUCCUUGGUUUAGCUGACAAGCAAGGGAUUAAGUCCAGCUCAGUUUGGCUGCAAAGACAGUCAGCCCUGGUAUUUUGCAGGCAUUGACUGAGAGAGGGAUUUCUCCUGUAUACAGUCAAUACUUGAAAAAUUCAGGCGUCUUUCUCUGCUCCUGAUCACUUGAUCAAAAGGGGAGAAAAAAGCCUUUGCUAGCCCUAUGUUGAACACUUUGAGAAGCGCCAAGCAUAGAGCUAACAGAGAGGGGAGAAAGAUUCCUUUUGCAAGCAUUGACAAUGAGAAGUUCCACUUGCUGGCAGUGCCUGCAAAAUGCAGACUACUUUCUCCUUUCUAUUCCCAUGGUGCAACACAUGGGGCAGCAAUGCCCCUUGAGCUAUGGUUCCCAAAUGCUUGGGGUACACCAUAUGCAGGGGAUUUGAAUGGGCAGGCAGGACAACCAUAUGACAUCAUAAUGACAUGUGAUACACAGGUGAGUUAUUCUGCCCACAAGUUGUCCUGCGGGAUGGGGCCUGGAAAAAAUCAGCCCCUGGAGCCAAAAUGUUUUCUCCACCCCAGGGCUAGUGGAAGCCUUUUCUUCAAUCAUUUAUUUUAUUUUGCCGUUUACUUUUAAUUAACAUUUCACACAAAGUUUUUAUUUUUGAAUUUUGAAUUCACUGUCCACUGUGGCUAUUCUGUGCCCUCAGCAACAUUUUGAAAUUGGUCAAAACUUUGAGAUAGAAAAUUACUUAAUGCAUGCUCCCUGUUCCAGAUCAUACAGGAAGUCAGGAAUUUUGGAAUAUGAGCCAUGAUCAAAAUCGGCUCUUCUGUCCACAUACACACUGUUGCAAAUAUUCUCCCAGGGGCAGCACCUUGUGUGUCAUGGGAUAUUGGUGUAGAAAGCCCCUGACCAUGCAUUGGAUUUUUGAGCUGUCUAGGAAACUUGCCAAUUGAAGGAAUGAGGUAAAGGUUCCUGUGCCCAGUCUGAACACUGUAUGCAGCACUUUAGAUCCCAGCUGUUGCCUCUUUAUUCUUCAGUGGGCCUCACAGGUUUUUGAAAUAUUUAAAUAAUAAUCCAAGGUUUUGCCAGUUUUCCAACAUAAAUUUAACUAAAUGUCAGUCAAAAGUGCAUAUAGCCAUGUUUUCCUGAUGAGGGAUGGGAACCUCAGAGAAGAAACUAUUCUGUAAUAUAUUUAUUAAGACCAUUUGAAAAGCCAUAAAGAAAGGCUUUUGAGUCUGUUGGAAUUCUUCAUAUGCUAGACAUUAAGUAAAACAAACUGGAUGUUAAAUAAUCUUAUUUGUUUGUCAGGUUUUUUUGCAUAUCUAACCUGAUUGAGUUUUGAUGAAUUCAGCUUUGCAUACACACUUUGUGACGUUUUAAGAAGUAUUAAUGAAGAUAUUCUUCUGCUAUUUGUUUUCCAUUUUUACUAAAUGUCAGUGUUAAAACAGUCCAGGAGGAAUGUAAAAAAAAUUAAAAAAUAAAAUACUUACCAAGCUUAAGGUUUUUUGCCCUUGGCACGAUUUUAAGCUAUACAGAAUAGCCACCUUUUUCUACCUAAUUCGUUCUACCUUAAUGGCAGGGUGCAUUGUUUACUAUUCCCCUGAAUUUCCAAUGCAGAUGAGUAAACAUUAAUCUUGAGGCAAAAAAACAAAUGAUUACGCAUAUAGUCAUACCUCGGGUUACAGACGCUUCAGGUUGUGCACUGCACCGAACCCGGAAGUAUCAGAACGGGUUACUUCCGGGUUUCGGCGCAGAAGCACUAAAUCUUGCUUUGCGCAUGUGCAGAAGCGCCGAAUUGCAACUCGCACGUGCGCAGACGCGGCGCCCGCACGGAUCACGUUCGCAGCCUGAGCAUCCACUGUAUAGGGUGGAAUUGAACACCAUGUUUUUCUAAGCAUUCAACCUGCAAAAGCAUUGCAACUUGCUAGAUGGAAUGAUGCCCCCUCUCCCCUCCCAUGUACUCCCUUCUAGGGGUUCUCCCAAAACACAUCCCAAGCCAAUUUUGGGAGAUGCAGGAGGUGGAGAGGAGGGGAAAGCCCUGUUGUGCAUGUGGAAGUCAUUGUACACGGCUUUCACUAACAUGGCUGGUUAGGUGAACUAUGCACAUUAUGUUGAAUAUUUAUAUAAUAUCUGAAUGAAUAUUUGUGUUUAGUGGUCAGGUUGGUUCCCGGAGCCCUUCUAUGAUCAGCAAUGAUUCAGAAACCUUAGAAGAAUGCAUGGUAUGUUCUGAUAUGAAGAGAGAUACUCUAUUUGGUCCAUGUGGGCAUAUUGCUACCUGUUCUCUCUGUUCACCAAGAGUCAAGAAAUGCCUUAUCUGCAAAGAACAAGUUCAGUCCAGGACAAAGGUGCGUGCUUUUAUUUCCAGCUCAUUUUAGUAUGACAUAUCUUAAAUAUAAGUGUUUAUGCGCCAUUUUAAACUUAGAGCAUUUUAAAUGAUGCUCUUAGAAUCAAACAGCAGAAACACUUAAGCAAAUGACAGUCUGGGUCAUAGUCCUAAGCAGCAGGCUGUUAUAUUCUUAAGAAUUACUUUUGACUGUGCUAAAUUCUCUGCCAAUUGUUUUAGAUGAUCCCAGGUUCUGGUGAUAAGAGUAAAAGAAAAAAAAUCUCUGUCCACUUUCUGCAUGCUUUGCAGAAUUUUAUAAACCUUUUCCAACUCUCACUGGUUGGCUUUUGAAGUUAAACCCCGCCCCCAACUUUUAACCUUCCUUUGUACAGAAUGUGCUCCACCCUCAUGACUAUGUUAAUUGACUUUCUCUGCACCUUUACUAGGUCUACAGUUUUGGGAGACAUCCUUUUGCAUCUCUGCAGAUUCCUUUGGUUUUCACUACCCUGAAGAAUUUGGUGUCUGCAGACUUGCCCACCUUUCUGCUCCUCUUUAACUCCAAAUCAUUUAUGAAAAAAUUAAAAACCACUGGUUGCUUAUGAGACCCUGCCUCACCUCACUCCACUGUGAGGAUUGUCCAUUUAUUCUUUCUUUUUUUUAACCAGUUUCCAAUCUGUUACUAAGCUAACUCAUGAGUAUUUGUGAGGGAUUUGUGAAAAGCUUUUUUUUAAAAAAAAUACAAGCGUAUUGUAUCUAUCAGAUCAUCCUUUCCUAAGUGCUGACACACUCAAAGAAUGUUAAAAUGUUGUGAGACUGGAGCCGUUGUGUCUUCCUAGCAAGACGUGUUAUUCUAUAUGCUUUAUAGUGCUAUAUUUAAUCAUAUUUUGAACUAAUGUACCCAGAACAGACAUUAAGCUGACUGAGCUACAAUUGAGAAACUAAAAGCUUCUUUAUGAAAAGUUAUGUAAUUUUUCUUUGUAGAUUGAAGAAUGUGUAGUAUGUUCAGACAAAAAAGCAGCUGUGCUCUUUCAGCCGUGUGGACACAUGUGUGCUUGUGAAAGUAAGUUCUUUUGGUGGCUAACAAUUGUUCUGUGAAAUAAGAUGAUAAUAAUAAUAAUAAUAAUAAUAAUAAUAAUAAUAAUAAUAAUAAAAAAUAAUUUAUUGUUUAUACCCCGCCCAUCUGGCUGGGCCUCCCCAGCCACUCUGGGCGGCUUCCAAAAAAAAUAUUAAAAUACUGUAAUACAUCAAACAUUAAAAGCUUCCCUAAACAGGGCUGCCUUCAGAUGUCUUCUAAAAGUCUGGUGGUGGUUGUUCUCUUUGACAUCUGGUGGGAGGGCAUUCCACAGGGAGGGCGCCACUACCGAGAAGGCCCUCUGCCUGGUUCCCUGUAACUUGGCUUCUCGCAGUGAGGGAACUGCCAGAAGGCCCUCGGUGCAGGAUCUCAGUGUCCGGGUAGAACGAUGAGGGUGGAGACGCUCCUUCAGAUAUACUGGACCGAGGCCGUUUAGGGCUUUAAAGGUCAGCACCAACACUUUGAAUUGUGCUCACUUACUGAAAUAGAUCUAGUUUAUCGGAAGAUGGAUGUAUUAAAAUAUAAAAGUCAGUUUCUGAGUUUGUCACACUAAAAUGUAUAUGGGGUGUUCUGCCCACCCCCUUACCAGAGAAGAGGAAAAGCUUAGUCCCAGAUUGGUGUGAGAUUCAUCCCUUUGCUUAUAAAAGUGAAUAACUGAUUGUAGAUGCUGGUGGGAGGAGCAUACCUUUUUGAAACUAUCUUGUGCUAGAUGAUAAACUGUCUCCAGUUCCUAACAUGGAUGAAUCAAUAUUUACUGGUGAGGACUAUGCAAAACGGGUGUGCUAUGUGUUCUAGGCGCCCUACGAUAUUUUCUUGUUAAUCUGUUCAUUACAUUCCACUUUUACAUUGAAUAAGUAAAAAAACCUGCAUCAAUCUGAAUAAUUUCCCCACCCCCUCCAGAUUGUGCCAGUCUGAUGAAAAAAUGUGUACAGUGUCGGGCAGUGGUAGAGCGAAGAGUGCCUUUCAUUAUGUGUUGUGGUGGGAAAGGUACAGAAGACUCCACAGAUGACAUUGGUGAGUUUGUUUAUUUUUCUUCUUUUAGCAGUGGUUUCAAUUUGCAAACUCCUUCCUGAUUCAGGAAAUGGAUUGCAUUGGAACCAUUGUUCUGAUGCAAUUAAUGGGCUGGUAGUAAUUUUUAAAUUGGUUCAGCUCUUUUGUAAGCAUUUCGUGUCACCAUUUUCUUUUCUCUGCAUUGUGUAGCAAGUGGAAACAUUCCUGUUCUGCAGAAAGACAAGGACAAUACCAAUGUCAACGCUGAUGUACAGAAAUUGCAGCAGCAGUUGCAGGACAUAAAGGAACAGGUAAAAGAAAUAGAUAACUUUUAUGAUCAAUAUCAAAUGAAAGCUUUGUUUUUUUAAGGCAUUGUAUGAAAGUUAUCAAUAUAAAGCUUUAUGUUAUGAAUAUUAUUAUUGUUAUUUUAAUUUAGUACCAAUCCUUCAUCUUAACGUCAUGGGGCAAGUUACAAUAAUUAAAACAACAAUUAAAGGAAUAUAGAUAGUACGCAUACUGUGCACUGCAGUUAUUGUCAUCAACUCUAGAAUAUCUCCCUAAGCAUCUUUUAGGUUCAGUAGUAAUUUAAAAAAAAAUAGAGAAAGAUUCAGGACAUACUCUUUCUUCUAUUUUCACAUAAAAUGUCCACAGACACAAACUGGAUUUUUUAAAAAUGAUGCAUGGACAUAUGUUGCGGAAAGGCAACUCAUUUCAUGUAUGUUUAACAAUUGGAAUGUAGGACAAAAGCCACAUCAUUUGAAAGAAUUACAUUUCUUUUCUUCAAACUUUAUGGCAGAUUGAAUAUGGGUUUUAAACCUUUGCAAAUAGUGAAACCCUGCCAUGGAGAAGGGUUUUUUUAAGUAAAAAAAAUCCUUAUUAGAAAUGACAUUUAUCAGCCUUUAUCUAUUAGCCCACUAUCUUGUUACCCAGCCCUUAUCCACAAAGCUGAUGAUAAAAAUAAAUAACAGUGAUAAAAGUAAGACAGUAGUUACAGGCAGUAGUGUUGAGUUCAGCUCCCUCUGAAUCAGGGCAGCAAGAAAGUGCCAGUAGGGUGCUACUGCUAAGACAAUCACUGCAAAGGCACUCCCUCAUCUAUUCAUGUCGUAUUCUUUCUCCUCUCCUCUACCCACUUUCUAGCACAAACACUGCAGAAAAUAUAAACAGCAGUGGUUCUUACGUAAACUGCAGAGCAUAUAAUAGGGGUGUGUGGGGAGAGAAGAGGAAGGGAAAUCCAAUUGCAUGAGUGGAACUGUUUGUACAGUGCUGGAUGUAAUCCAUAGUCUCUUCUCCCCCGGCACCAGAGAACAGAACAAGAGCCAAAGAGAACAAAUCCACAGGAAACUACUACUAGUCCUGAUUUCAAAAGCAUUCCUAAUUUUUAUGCUUUUUAUUAAAAAGGAGGGGAGAAAGAUGAAUGCGCAGAUAAAAAGCCAAAAGCCACCUUUAGUUUGUUCCCCUCCCCGCCCCCAAACUUAUAUUUAAACUUAUUUUCAGGACAGCAGUGAUCCUCCAACUGAGCAGUGAGUUUCCUGAAUGGUCUAUCCUUCCAAGGACAAAUCAGCUAAGUCAUCCAAACUAGACUCUGCCUUCCUUUCUGUCCUGUAGGCAGGACCAACAGUCUCCUUUCUGGCCUCCUUUGAUACAGACAGCACUUGGGCGUUCUAAUAAAGUCAUGGCCUCCGUUUUUAUUUAAUAUCACAUCAGACAGAGUUCUACAGACUCAAAGGGGUCAUAAUAUCUAGAAAUAUAUGGAGAUUUCAUUUUUAGUUGCCAUUAGAAAUUCCGAAAGGGUUUGUGUGUUUCCAAAAUUUCAGAAGUGUUUGACUGAGCUUCACAGUCUGUUUCUGUGUGACAGAUUAAUUUCAUGUUUCACUAUACCUUUUAAUUGUAUAAAGUAGAUGUCAUUUACAAAGACAGUUAUGUCCUUAGCAAUGAUGGUCAUAAUAAUAAAAAUAUGAAGAAUGUAGCAUUGCUUCAAAACUUUGAAUGUAUUUAGCAAAUGUGAAGUUGGCCUAAGCCCAUAUACAAUACAAAAUGAUUCUGGUGUAUCUUUCUGUGAGGAACGCUAAAGAUGUAUGUUAAGUGCUUUGAGAAUUUUUAAUCGCUGAGUUAAAUUUUAGCAACACUACUUUAAGGCAGGUGGGUGAUGAGUAUCCUUCAGAGUUUUUUUAUGCUAUUUAUUUCACCAGCCUCACUUUCUGAAAAUGGUAUUUACGUUAGGCGUAGUAAGCUAAUAAGGUAUAAUACUUGGUUAUUAUUUGUCUCCAGACAGUUCUUUAGUUUCAUUUUUGUCUCUUACAGACCAUGUGUCCCGUGUGUUUGGACCGUCUAAAGAAUAUGAUCUUUCUCUGUGGUCACGGAACAUGUCAGCUUUGUGGCGAUCGAAUGAGUGAAUGUCCUAUUUGCCGAAAGGCUAUUGAACGAAGAAUCCUUUUGUAUUAAAAUAUAAAGUGUCUUACAGUAGCUUGUCAUAUUAUUACUACAUUUUGCUCAUUGAAUCUUCAUAAGCUUUAGUGGCAGCUAAAGUUUGUCCUGAAAACAUUUCUAAUGCUAUGGAGUUGUUGCAUUGUAAGUGCUUAAACUGACAAUACAAAUCAGUAUUUGAGUGGUCAACCUCUCCUAUCAAGAAAGCUAAACCAAGUUUAGGUUAAUUAACAAUACAGUCUUUUUUAUAUCUUUUGCCUUUCUUUUUCUCCCCAACCCCUUUAUGUUAAAGGGACAAUUUCGUGUUGGUAUUUUUAUUUUAUAUGUAUGAACUCUAAUUUCACUGUUGAUUUUUAUACUGUCAGCUGCUUUCAUGUAUAAAUAUUUUUAAUUCUCUAAAUUGUAUUUGUUUUAAAUACGUUUUCAUAGUAGUGUCAGUAAUAAAUUGCAAAAGCAAGCUAAGCCUCGGAGCUAGGUACAGGAAUUUUUAAAAAUCAGCACAAUAAAUGAAUAGUGUUUCAGUAUUACAAAAUGCCUCUAAAAUCUGAAAGCCUAUAAUUUUGUAUGGUUUUCUUAUUGUCCCAUAUUAGUUUAAAGGAGAAUGAGGAUUAUUACAAAAGUUGCUGAUUUUAAAGGGCUGCUUGUAGCCUCUACAUACAUAGCAGGGGUGCCUUCUAGAAUUGGCCUCCUGAAAAGCUGCCUCCACAAAUGGGAAAAACUCCCAAUGUGAUGGUGCUGAAGAUAGUACAGGCUGUUGCUAGUAAUAAAAAGAAAACGCACUGCAUAAUAUAGCAAACCCUUCUUUCUGCCUGAGAGGCUUUCAGGAGCUCGGCCAUAAUCCCUUCAGCUGAGAAAACAGUUUUUAGAAUGGUGACAGACAUUAUUAUUUGUAUACUUGCAAAAGAAAACCAUUCUAUCUAUAGGCUAGAAUUUAACAUUUUAAGUCUAGUAAUUGGACUUAAAUGCCACCUUGCAAAAAGGGAAUAUACAGCAGAGAGUUUUAAGAUAAAUAGGAACAAUAGCUUCUGUAAUAUGAAUAUUACUCAUUUUGGUGCAGACUUCGCAGUAUGCAUGAACUUUUCUUUUGUGAAACUUCAUUGGGACCAUUCAGUUAAUAACCAAGACAGUGCUUGAUAUGUCUGUGAGAUUUCUAUAAAUUGGGGGGCUGUUUAGGGAGGAUAAGGCAAUGAUGGGUUAAUAUAAAUGCUAUCCAAGGAUAUGGAAAAGCAUCUUGCUCUGAAUGUUCUGCAGUAGGCUAUAGAUAGUCUCCCAAAGAUUAAAUCACAUAUUUUAGAUGGUGCAUGAUUGCAGAGAAUAAGUUAAUUUUUGGAUUUAUGAUUAACAGAUACACCAUUUAUUUGUAUUUAACUCCAAUUCAGACAAAUUCUUAUAAGCAUGUGGUGAAACAUUAGAUUAGAAAGAAAAUUGCCUUUAACAAUUUGAUUCCUGUUAAAUUUACUCAAAGGGAAUUACUUGCAGGAAUAUACUAUAUUUGGUAAAUAUAAUCUGUGUCAUAUAAAUUUGAGUUGAGAUUUUUAUUUUAUUUUAUGCAGAAGUUUGCAAAUUGCCUGGAACAAAGUUAAUCAUGUCUUAGGAAUGGUUUGUGAUGAAGGAAGGUACAGAAACAUUGCAUACAUAAAAAUAUCCAUGGUAUAUAGGAUUGUGCUGCAAUUCCUAAGCACAGCCCUCUGGAAGUUCCACAAAAGCAAACGGGUCUUGGAUCCCUUACAUUUAUCUUUCAAAAAAAGAUGCAUAUGAUUGUGUAUUAGAACAAAGUAUAAAUUUGUUAAAUAAGUGUGAGCUGCUUGACUUCUUAGACAAGCGUGCUUACAUUUAUAAAAUACUUGUUUCUGUUCUGAUUUAGAAAUUGCUGGCUAUUUAACUGUAUAGUUGCUGCAGUAUUUCAAAAGUGAAAUAGCUAGUUCCAAGAACAAUUUGGAUAACUGUUUCCACAAACGGUCUUCUGAAAUUGUGAAUGCAUAUGCACGGAAAAAAGAUCUUUAGAGAGUUUAUUAAUAGUAACAUAAUUAACAAAAUAAUGUGGCACAUGAGCUAGAUUUUUUUUCAGGAGUUUUCCAUCAAAGGACUUUUUAUUGAUUUUGAACACCCAGUUUAUAUAAGGAACUAAAACAAAACGAGGCAUUUUAUGCCAAAAAGUAAAGGAAGAAUGUUGUAUGUCAUAGGUAGGGCAAAUGUCAAUGCUUUGGUGACAAAGGAGUUUCUGGUAUACAAUGGUGUAAUUCUGUGUUCUAUUAUUUUAGCACAGCUGGAAAAGUUGAAUGAUAAAGUUAUUAAAUCAUUUUGUAUCCUCUGUCCCUUUUCUCCGUUCUACAAAACACGUUCAUAGCAUGACUAGUCUUAUAAGCAGGUCAAUUAAGUUAUUCCUUGUCUAAGAGAAUGGACGCGAGGUGCUGCAUUGACCUCAAAUCUAGUAGAAGGAAGUAGGGCACUUGUAUUAGCAAGUCUUACUUUUUGUUGCUUUGAUGCUAUUUUAUGUCAUUCUGUUCACAAUGUAGAGAACAAAAUUAUUUUAACGUCCCUUAGCCAACAGAAAACUACAUUUGUUUAAACCUUUCUUAAUUUAUUUAAUAAGUAGUUUGUUAAACCUUUAUAGUAUAGAAGACAGAUGUUGAGACUUGAAUUUAUACUUUUAUUAAACUGUAAAUAUAAACCUGA